AUGACGUCUGAAUGGUCCCCUAAAGAAGCCCCUAUCUUGACUAUGAGUUCACAAAUGUCGUCAGCUGUGGAAAUCACCCCUUUGCUCACGUGCGAGGCACAGAAGCGCAGUGCCGCAGUCGGGGACGCGGGGAGGCGCGGCUCGGUCCUCAGUCCGCCCAGCGCCGCGGCCGCGCGAGCAAUGUUACGAAUGCCUCGCUGCCUCGCUUGCCUCGCGCUCGUCGCGCUACUCGCCGCACGAGCCGCGGGUGUAGAAGAAGACUGUAUAGACUGGGAAGGCAAGUCUGUGCCGCACGGGCUGCUCUACGUGCCAGGACCCGGCGUCUGCUCCAUCUGUGUGUGCUACCACGCAGAGCCCAUGUGGUGCAAGGCCAUCUACUGCGACCCCCCUUAUUUCUGCAAAAAUUUCCGGGUGGGCGAGCGUUGCUGCGAAUUCGAAUGCCUCGACCCCCCAGGCGAAGACACCAGGUACCGCGAGAGACAGCGCCUCCGAGCCCUGAUCCUGGCCGGCAACUCCUCAGCCACGCAAGUCAAACCCUCCAUACGACUGAAGGCCGGCAUCUCUUUGAUAGCUGUCGCCGUCGCAAGAAUGGUUUGAGAGGAACUUGGUCGGCACUCUAGCGUGCGCUUCAAUGGGAAAUGGGUAUAAAUAGUGACAUCUUCUGUGAAAUCUGACUUCUACUUUAUAGCUACGUUUGUAGAGGAACUUGGUGGCACACUGCCGUGCGCUUAAAUUCGUAUAGAAAAUAACGGCCAUAUAAAGCCAUUGCAAGAAUGAUUCGAGAACUUGUUCGGAACACUGCCGUGUACUUAAAUGGGUAUGACAUAGGGAUACAUUUUGGGCAAUCUGUAAUUUUCAUAAUAGCAACGUUUGUAGAAGAACUUGGUGGUAACUGGUAUAUUACCGUGCGUGCGCUUGGUUACAAUAAAUACAAAAUUAUAAAGCGUAACAAACGGGUAACAGUAACGGGUUUCUUCGACAUCUCUUACGUCUUACCUGUUUCAAAGCCCAAACGUCUGGGGAAGAAUUUGAUUUGUACCUACCUACUACGUUUAUUAGAUUGGGCUAGGUAUACGGUAGAGUGCCAGCCCAGUUUCUAGGAAACGGAUAUAAAAUAGCAACACCAUCUGUGAAGAUUGGCUUUUCAUUUACAACUGUAUUGGGUUCAAAACUCGUUUGAUAAGAACUAGUGUGUUAUAAUACUACCGUGCACUUAUCUGGAUGUAAAAUAGGAACUAUCGCUAUCGAUUUUCUCUAAUUACUCAAAUGCCAAAAUAAACACCAAUUUACCUCUCUCUCUUUUUCACGUAUAGGUACUUGUCUUCUAUUUUUUUUUUAUAUUAGCUCUUUAUAGUUUAAAGCUUUAAAAUCUAGUCGUAUUUUAUAAAAGUUUGAUUUGAAAGGGCUUAGUUUAAUAUGCCUAGCAGCGAAGUUGCAAAGUCGCAAUUGUUAUGAUUGGCUGUAUUCUUGAUUGCUACAGCACUGAUUUUUAACCAAUAGCGUGUAAACUAAUUGCCAAAAACCAAAAGUAUGGUCAAUAAACAGGCACUAAGUGCCUUCAUUUUGGGCAAGAUAAGGAACUUAGGCUGAGAUAUAGAGCGUAAUGUGCUCAGAUUUAGAUACAUAAAUCUGUCCUGCAAAGUCGAAGUACGUUCUGUGGAUUUCAGCCUGUGUUACACAACAUAUGCGUUUACCGACCGCUAACCAAUAAAAGAAGAUAUUAGAUAAACGUUUGCUAAGACCAACAAAAGUAAUGGCGAUUACAGCACUAGCUGUAAGGAAUUUGGUGCCAGGCCUAUAAUAGGAGUUACAGCAAAGCUGGGUUGACUAUAAUAUCGUUUAGGAUUGUCACGCAACAACAUUUUUAUUCUAAUUCUUGCUAUCUAAACUUACUAGACCGUUAAAAUAGCUGCCUACAUAAGUAGAUUAACUAUAAAUAGGGAUUAACCUUGACUUAAGAGUCACGUCAAGUGUAGAAGUAUUGACAAAGAUUUAAUUUUUUACUUUCCAUUCUAUUGAUUGAGGCUGUGUACACAUUCGGUUACUAUCGCCGAAGCGAUCGAUUCUUUUCAGCAGUUAGGGCGACAAAUUCGUAGCAACUGAGUCGUCAAUUGAGACGCUCAAGCUUCUUUUUUAGACGAUAUAUGGCUGCUAUGGUUACUAUUUAGACGAUUAGCCAAUUAUGUACCCAGUCUAAAAAUAUUAUUGAAGAAUAAAUGAUUAUUAUUUUCCACAAAGUAAUUAUUUAUAAAUAGACAGGUAUAUUGUUUAAUUUAUAAAAAUACUUAAGUAUUUAUUAAGUAUCUAAAAGUUUUAUAAUAAGGAAAUAUUAGAAUAAAAAAUAUCUUAUAGUUAAAAAGAAAUGCACUAGAUAGAAUAAAAAGGACUGUCACAUGGCUGUAUUUAAUUUAAUAUUUUUAACAAUUAAUGAUUAGAUUUAAUAAUGUGGUAUUUUUUGCACCGAUAAUAAAUAUUAUAAUUACUAACAAAAAUCCUUCGGACCAAUUUUGUGUAAACGAUUAGUAUGGUGUUUUUUUCUCUGAUUGAUUUAAAAGUUUAUAUGUCGUGUCCGGUAGAAAAAUUAACAGAUAGUACAGAUAGCGUAACGAAAGGUGAAACAGCGCAUUAGUCGAUUUGACUAAAUUAUUAGAUUUUUUUAGGUUAGAAAAUAUCCGAAGAACGACCGGUGCGAAGCGCGUAGUUUGGGUCCACUUUUCAGCUUUCCUAAGGCAUUUGUACGGUUAGCAUUAAUAAAGCUAACUAAUUAAGAUACCUUAUUUAAAUUAUGUGAUUAAAACAUUAGAAAAUACUGAUUUAAAUAUACAUUUUCCAUUUUAAUGAUGAAAUAUUUUAAAAUGAAAAUAAAGGUGACAUAACAACCAUAAUCAUUUAUGUCUACGAAUAUCAAGAGUGAAAAGUAAUAAAAAAUCAUGAAUAGACAACUAUUUUGCAACAUGAAGUUAGAAUGUACCCCUUUGUUUUAAUAAGUCUGAAACUAAAGCUCAUUCCUUAAAAUGGUUGAUGGUGUAAAACUGUAAAGUAUGGCGAAAGCAGAAAAAUUGCAAACCGCCGCGCGCGUUGAAUGUGGACCAUAAAAUAUGUAAAAUUGAUAAUGGUAAUGACGUACAGAACUUGGCUAUUACACUGCCGUGCACUCAGUAGGGUUCUGUAUUAUUUUGAUAAAAUAAUAACAAGUUAGCCGCGAUCUGUUUGGUCCCAGCAGAUUUGUGUCGUCAUUUCUAUAUUGAAUUUGGAAUGAAAAAUAUUAUAUACUAAUAUGAGUAUAAAAUCUGUGUGCCUUACACAGCCAUUCAAAUAGUUAUUCCAUUUUCCCUCUAAAGUAAUUAUUUUUCUUUUGCGUUCGUCAUAAUAAGUAAAAUAAAAUGUAUGUCAGUGAUAUUAAUAAGUAGUAAUUAGAUAUUUAAAUAAUGUAUACCAAAUUAAAUGGAAAUAUUAUUAUAAUAUAGGAGUCAGUACGCACUACAGUCAACCGCGGGUAGAUUUUCCUCAGAAAAUUUAUGAUUUAAAGAAAGUAAUAUAUGCGAUACACUAGCACUGAAUUUUUGUUAACAAUAGCUAGAACCACCAGUGACAGAAAACUGUAAUGCGUUCUGGCAACAAUUUUACUUCUUUAUGUAUCAUGUAGAUAGGCACUUUGAAAUUGUAGCUUUAAAUUGCAUUCUUUAUCAUAUCUUUUAGCGACUAUUUCAUAACGAUGGUGCUCGGGUCGGUAUUCCCAUUAUAUUUUAGCAUAAUGUAUUAUGCUAAAAUAUAAUGUACAUAUUUUAACAAAUGUACUUUUAUGCCAUUUAAUCAUAUGAAUUGUCUACUAAAAGUAAAAGUAGUUAAAAAUGGAAUCACACAAAAGCGAGCGCUUUAGUAAAAAAUUGAAAGUGACCUAUUUUUUUUGGUUAUUUUAUAAACUAACAAUUUCAUGUGUAUAACAAAAUGUAAAUAUAUAAUGGGACCCUCCCUAGUGCUUUGGCCGCUAACUUUUCAUAUCAUCGGCUAUUAGGGUUUUAGUAUAGAGCAAUGUAGAUCUAUAGUAUAAAACACAACUCUCCGCCUCACUUCAUUCUCACACUAUUUUCAUAAAUAAUGUAUUAGAUAAAAUGAAAUGUAAUACAGAUCAUGUAGAAAUUUCAUAAUUUAUGUAGUAAGACAUAAUUAUUGCAACAAUAUUGGGAAUAGAACUAGUUAUUAACAGUUCCGUAUUAUUUUACAAUUUCGUCAAAAAUUGCUUUAACAAUUCGUUAUAUGUAGUUAAAUUUGGUUAACUCUAAUUAAUCAAAUCAAUACAAGCUUUGCAUUAUACUCUCCAGAUCUUUGAAGCCGCAAGCAUAUUACUGUAUUGCAGUUUGUCAUGAGUCAUGACGCACUGGUCGAUUUCGGAAAAUCUGCAUCAAUCAUCGUUACAAUCUCAAUUAUUGUAAUUGGAUGAAUUUAUGGUAUACUUGCAGCCACAGGGCAUUGAGAGAGUGUCAGCCAAUCAGAGUUGAUAGCGAUCGUUACAUUGCCGCUCUCAUUUUACCUCAAUCGACCCCGCGGCAAAAGUUGCUCAUAUGUUUAUGUGAAGCCACUCUAAGUCUGUCAUGAUGCUCUGACGCGCUGACUAGAGACGAUGGAUUAUGGAGAGAUUGGAUGAUCAUCGCGUCUCACUGUGUCAACACGCCAUAAUCGUUCCCAAUACUGUCUUAUGCUUAAAAUUUUGAGAAAUAAAGUUCUAUAUGGUUACUUUAAACUGCAUGACAAACACAUAAAUAGUUAAAUAUGACGUCAUAGCCAUAUCAUAAUCAAUGUAGCUUUGACAAUAACAAAAUGUCAGUUUUCAUACUUCAUAAAUGUGGCUACAUUAGGAACAUAUCAAACAAUCGAUUUUCAUUAGAAUUGUAUGUGAUAAUUACAUUUGUUUCCAAUCAAUUAAAUAUGUAUUAUUAUCUCAUACAUAACUGUAUUAACUUAUUAAGCUUGUGGACAUUUAUUUUUUUCAUACUUAUUUAGAAACAAGUCUAAAUAUUUUUUACUCAGAGAACUUGGUGUGGUUAACUGCCGUACGCCCAAAUUGAGUUAAGCUGUCCGCACAUUUGUUAUUAUCGCCGGAGCAACUAGUCGCUUGUAGAACAUGAUUUUUUUGAAAAUGCAUACGAACUCUACAAAGUUUCAUGUGGAAUAUAUCAUAUAUCUUGUAGCUUAGAUGACUUUUCGAAGGAAAUCAAUCAUCAGUAGCUUGUGCAGCCACUCACUCAAACGUCAGCUAAAAAUCGCGAGAGCAUGUGUUCCGUGAUAGUUCGCUUGAGCUUGAUAAGUUGCUCAAGCGACUAUCGCUUAUGCUAUAGUAGUCAAUGUGCGGUCAGAUUUACAAAACCAUAAUGUACCUUACUUAACAUAAGUCUUUUAAUGAAAUAUGCAUUGAUUUUGGUCAUGAAUGAAUGGUGUGAAGAUAAUAUAUACAUGGUAUUUUUUAAAUUAUUUAAACUGUAAAUAGAUACGUAAGUGCAAAAUAAGUAUUUAGCUCAAAUAAAUCUUAGUCUUAAAA